GAGCCGGAGGGGGAGGAAGAGACGGAGGAGGCGGCGGACAAAGAGCGCAGCAGCAGUCAGCGCCAGCCGCGCGGCCGCCGGGGAAGCAGAUAGCCGGAGGCUGGGACACCGCCUCCGCCCCGCGAGCCAUGGCCGAGGGCGGAGAAGGCGGCGAGGACGAGAUCCAGUUCCUGCGGACGGAAGAUGAAGUGGUUCUGCAGUGCAUUGCCAACGUUCACAAGGAGCAAAGGAAGUUCUGCCUGGCAGCCGAGGGCCUUGGGAAUCGCCUGUGCUUCUUGGAGCCUACCUCAGAAGCAAAGUAUAUUCCUCCAGACCUCUGCAUCUGCAAUUUUGUGCUGGAACAAUCUCUCUCUGUCAGAGCCCUUCAGGAAAUGCUUGCCAACACAGGCGAAAACGGUGGAGAUGGGGCAGCGCAAGGGGGUGGCCACAGGACCUUGUUGUACGGCCAUGCAAUUCUCCUGCGGCACUCUUUCAGUGGAAUGUAUCUCACAUGUUUGACUACGUCAAGAUCCCAGACAGAUAAACUUGCCUUUGAUGUAGGUCUCCGGGAACAUGCCACAGGAGAGGCCUGCUGGUGGACCAUACAUCCUGCUUCCAAACAGCGGUCUGAGGGAGAGAAAGUGCGAAUUGGAGACGACCUCAUCCUUGUCAGUGUGUCCUCUGAAAGAUACCUUCAUCUCUCAAUAUCCAACGGUAACAUACAAGUGGAUGCUUCCUUCAUACAAACCCUCUGGAAUGUUCAUCCUACGUGCUCAGGAAGUAGCAUCGAAGAAGGCUAUCUACUUGGUGGGCACGUGGUACGUCUUUUUCACGGUCAUGAUGAGUGUUUGACAAUACCAUCCACAGACCAGAACGACCCCCAGCACAGGAGAAUAUUCUAUGAAGCCGGGGGAGCUGGGAGGAGAGCCAGGUCCCUGUGGAGAGUGGAACCCCUUCGGAUAAGCUGGAGUGGCAGUCACAUCCGAUGGGGCCAGGCUUUCCGACUGCGGCACCUCACCACAGGCCACUACCUGGCUCUGACAGAGGACCAAGGCCUUCUGCUGCAAGACCGGGGAAAGUCAGACACAAAGUCCACAGCCUUCUCUUUCCGGGCAUCAAAGGAGAUCAAGGAGAAAUUGGAUUCCAGUCACAAGCGAGAUAUGGAAGGCAUGGGAGUUCCAGAAAUCAAGUAUGGAGAUUCUGUCUGCUUUGUCCAGCACAUAGCUAGUGGCCUCUGGAUCACCUACAAAGCACAAGAUGCCAAAACAUCUCGCCUGGGACCUCUGAAAAGAAAGGUCAUUCUCCACCAGGAAGGCCACAUGGAUGAUGGAUUAACACUGCAGAGGUGCCAGCGUGAGGAGUCGCAGGCUGCUCGGAUCAUCAGGAACACAACAGCCUUAUUCAGCCGGUUUGUCAGCGGAAACAACCGCACAGCUGCCCCCAUCACCCUGCCAAUAGAAGAGGUCCUGCAGACCUUACAGGACUUGAUUGCCUACUUCCAGCCUCCAGAGGAGGAGAUGAAGCAUGAAGACAAGCAGAACAAGCUCCGCUCCCUCAAAAACAGACAGAAUCUUUUCAAGGAAGAGGGCAUGUUGGCUCUUGUGUUAAACUGCAUUGAUCGCUUAAAUAUCUACAAUAGCGUGGCCCACUUUGCAGGGAUUGCCAGGGAAGAGAGUGGCAUGGCCUGGAAAGAAAUUCUGAACCUCCUAUACAAGUUGCUGGCUGCUCUCAUUCGUGGAAACAGAAACAAUUGUGCUCAAUUCUCCAAUAACCUUGACUGGCUAAUCAGUAAAUUGGACAGGCUGGAAUCUUCCUCAGGUAUCUUAGAGGUUUUGCACUGUAUCUUGAUUGAAAGCCCAGAAGCCUUAAACCUGAUAGCAGAAGGCCACAUUAAGUCCAUCAUCUCUCUGUUGGACAAACAUGGACGGAAUCACAAGGUUCUGGAUGUCCUGUGCUCGCUCUGUCUUUGCAAUGGGGUUGCAGUGAGAGCCAAUCAAAACCUCAUCUGUGACAACUUACUGCCCCGGAGAAAUCUGCUGCUUCAGACACGGCUCAUUAAUGACGUGACCAGUAUUCGGCCAAACAUCUUCUUGGGAGUUGCUGAGGGCUCAGCCCAGUACAAGAAGUGGUACUUCGAGCUAAUUAUUGACCAAGUGGACCCCUUCCUAACUGCAGAGCCUACACACCUGCGGGUGGGCUGGGCCUCCUCCUCAGGCUACGCCCCUUACCCAGGAGGUGGAGAAGGAUGGGGUGGCAAUGGUGUUGGUGAUGACCUGUACUCCUACGGCUUUGACGGACUUCACCUCUGGUCAGGCCGGAUACCCAGAGCUGUGGCCUCCAUCAACCAGCACCUGCUGAGAUCCGAUGAUGUGGUGAGCUGCUGUCUUGACCUCGGAGUACCUAGCAUCUCUUUCCGCAUCAAUGGGCAACCUGUGCAAGGGAUGUUCGAGAACUUCAACACUGAUGGCCUCUUCUUCCCUGUGAUGAGCUUUUCAGCAGGUGUCAAAGUACGUUUCCUCAUGGGUGGACGCCAUGGAGAAUUUAAGUUCCUGCCUCCCUCUGGCUAUGCCCCUUGCUAUGAAGCCUUACUUCCAAAGGAGAAGAUGAGAUUGGAGCCUGUCAAAGAAUAUAAACGUGAUGCUGAUGGUGUGAGAGAUCUGUUGGGUACCACACAGUUCCUCUCUCAAGCCUCCUUCAUCCCGUGCCCCAUUGAUACCAGUCAGAUUGUUUUGCCACCUCACCUAGAGAAGAUCCGGGACAGAUUGGCUGAAAACAUCCAUGAGCUUUGGGGAAUGAACAAAAUAGAGCUUGGCUGGACUUUCGGCAAGGUACGAGAUGACAAUAAAAGACAACACCCCUGCCUUGUGGAAUUUUCAAAGCUCCCUGAAACUGAGAAGAAUUAUAAUCUACAAAUGUCAACUGAAACCUUAAAAACUCUCCUGGCCCUUGGCUGCCACAUCGCUCACGUUAACCCAGCUGCUGAGGAGGACCUCAAGAAGGUCAAACUGCCCAAAAACUACAUGAUGACCAAUGGCUAUAAGCCAGCACCUUUGGAUUUGUCUGAUGUGAAACUGUUACCUCCUCAAGAAAUUUUAGUGGAUAAGCUGGCAGAAAAUGCACAUAAUGUCUGGGCAAAAGACAGAAUAAAACAAGGAUGGACCUAUGGCAUUCAACAGGAUUUGAAGAACAAAAGAAAUCCCCGUCUGGUGCCAUAUGCAUUGCUGGAUGAGCGUACCAAGAAGUCAAACAGGGAUAGCCUGCGGGAAGCCAUCCGGACGUUCGUUGGCUAUGGGUAUAACAUUGAGCCGUCAGACCAAGAACUUGCUGAUCCAGCUAUAGAGAAAGUCAGUAUAGACAAGAUUCGAUUUUUCCGGGUCGAGCGGUCUUACGCAGUGAGAUCUGGAAAGUGGUAUUUUGAGUUUGAAGUGGUAACUGGAGGAGACAUGCGGGUUGGCUGGGCCAGGCCAGGCUGCCGGCCGGACGUUGAGCUGGGGGCUGACGACCAAGCCUUUGUGUUUGAAGGCAGCAGAGGCCAGCGCUGGCAUCAAGGCAGCGGGUAUUUUGGGAGAACCUGGCAGCCAGGAGAUGUGGUUGGAUGUAUGAUUAACCUGGAGGACGCCUCAAUGAUCUUCACGCUGAAUGGGGAGCUGCUGAUCACCAGCAAAGGGUCUGAACUUGCCUUCGCUGACUAUGAGAUUGAGAAUGGGUUCGUGCCCAUCUGCUGUCUGGGGCUGUCUCAGAUUGGCCGCAUGAAUCUUGGGACAGACGCCAGCACCUUCAAGUUUUACACGAUGUGUGGCCUCCAAGAGGGCUUUGAGCCUUUUGCCGUCAACAUGAACCGAGACGUGGCGAUGUGGUUCAGCAAGCGCCUCCCGACAUUUGUCAACGUGCCGGGGGAUCAUCCACACAUAGAGGUCAUGAGGAUCGAUGGUACCAUGGACAGCCCUCCGUGCCUCAAGGUGAUGCACAAGACAUUUGGCACACAAAAUAGCAAUGCCAACAUGAUCUACUGCCGCCUGAGCAUGCCUGUUGAGUGCCACUCCUCCUUCAGCCGCAGUCCGUGUCUGGAUAGUGAUGCUUUCCAGAAAAGGAAACAGAUGCAAGAAAUCCUCUCUCCUACAACAACACAAUGCUACUAUGCCAUCCGCAUCUUCGCGGGGCAAGACCCCUCCUGUGUCUGGGUUGGAUGGGUGACUCCAGAUUAUCACUUACACAGUGAAAAGUUUGACCUGAAUAAAAACUGUACAGUGACUGUCACCCUCGGGGACGAGCGAGGUCGGGUCCAUGAAAGUGUGAAGCGCAGCAACUGCUACAUGGUAUGGGGUGGAGACAUUGCGGCUAGUUCUCAAAGAUCAAGUCGGAGCAAUGUGGACCUGGAGAUCGGCUGCCUUGUGGAUCUGGCAAUGGGCAUGUUGUCCUUCUCGGCCAAUGGGAAAGAACUUGGAACCUGCUACCAGGUGGAACCCAACACCAAAGUGUUUCCAGCUGUCUUUCUGCAGCCCACAAGCACGUCUCUGUUUCAGUUUGAACUUGGGAAGCUGAAGAAUGCAAUGCCUUUGUCUGCGGCCAUAUUUAAGAGUGAAGAGAAGAACCCAGUCCCGCAGUGUCCUCCUCGACUGGACGUCCAAACCAUCCAGCCUGUGCUGUGGAGCCGCAUGCCCAAUAGCUUUCUGAAGGUGGAGACAGAGCGGGUGAGCGAGCGCCAUGGCUGGGUCGUUCAGUGCCUGGAGCCCCUGCAAAUGAUGGCACUCCACAUCCCAGAGGAGAACAGAUGCGUCGACAUCCUGGAGCUUUGUGAGCAGGAAGACCUGAUGCGGUUCCACUACCACACACUGAGGCUGUACAGCGCUGUGUGUGCCCUGGGAAACAGUCGGGUUGCCUAUGCCCUGUGCAGCCACGUGGAUCUCUCCCAGCUCUUCUACGCCAUCGACAACAAGUAUCUCCCGGGUCUCCUGCGGGCUGGUUUCUAUGACCUGCUCAUCAGCAUCCACUUGGCCAACGCGAAGGAGAGGAAGCUGAUGAUGAAGAAUGAAUACAUCAUCCCCAUCACUGGUGCCACCAGGAAUAUCCGCCUAUACCCAGAUGAGUCCAAGAGGCAUGGGCUGCCUGGGGUGGGUCUGAGAACAUGUCUCAAGCCAGGUUUCAGGUUCUCUACCCCUUGCUUUGUCGUGACCAGCGAGGAGCACCAGAAACAGAGCCCCGAGAUCCCCUUGGAGAUUCUUAAGACGAAGGCACUGAGCAUGCUGACCGAGGCAGUGCACUGUAGUGGGGCCCACAUCCGAGACCCUGUUGGGGGGUCCAUCGAGUUCCAGUUUGUGCCUGUGCUGAAGCUCAUUGGAACCUUGCUGGUCAUAGGCGUUUUUGAUGAUGAUGACGUUCGCCAGAUCCUGCUCCUGAUUGAUCCCUCUGUGUUUGGGGAGCCGGGUGGGGAGACAGAGAAGGGAGCAGAAAAGGAGGAAGUAACCCAGGUGGAGGAAAAGGCAGUGGAGGCUGGGGAGAAGGCCAGCAAGGAGGCUCCAGGCAGAGGCUUGUUGCAGACCCGACUACCUGAGUCCGUCAAGCUGCAGAUGUGUGAGCUUCUCAGCUAUCUGUGUGACUGUGAACUGCAGCACCGAGUGGAGGCCAUUGUGGCAUUCGGUGACAUUUAUGUCUCCAAGCUGCAGGCAAAUCAGAAGUUCCGCUACAAUGAGCUCAUGCAGGCCCUGAACAUGUCUGCAGCCCUCACGGCCCGGAAGACCAGGGAGUUUCGCUCACCGCCACAGGAGCAGAUCAACAUGCUUCUCAAUUUUCAACUGGGAGAGAACUGCCCCUGCCCAGAGGAGAUCCGGGAGGAGCUCUAUGACUUCCACGAGGACCUGCUCGUUCACUGCGCAACACUAAAGGAACUAGUAUCACAAACAAUGAUCCACUGGGCCCAAGAAGACCAGAUCCAGGAUGCAGAGCUGGUCCGGAUGAUGUUCAACUUGCUCCGGAGGCAGUAUGACAGCAUUGGGGAGCUACUGCAGGCUUUACGGAAGACCUAUACCAUCAGCCAAGCCUCUGUGAGCGACACCAUCAACCUGCUGGCUGCCCUGGGCCAGAUCCGAUCGCUUCUCAGUGUCAGGAUGGGCAAGGAGGAGGAGCUGCUCAUGAUCAAUGGGCUGGGGGACAUCAUGAACAACAAAGUGUUUUAUCAACACCCCAACCUCAUGAGAGUCCUGGGCAUGCAUGAGACUGUGAUGGAGGUGAUGGUGAAUGUACUGGGUACGGAGAAAUCACAGAUUGCUUUCCCAAAGAUGGUUGCUAGCUGCUGCCGCUUCCUUUGCUAUUUCUGUCGUAUUAGCCGGCAAAAUCAGAAGGCAAUGUUUCAGCAUCUGAGCUACCUGCUGGAGAACAGCAGUGUGGGCCUAGCCUCCCCAUCAAUGAGAGGGUCCACUCCACUGGACGUGGCUGCCUCCUCUGUCAUGGACAACAAUGAACUAGCACUUGGCUUAGAAGAACCCGACCUCGAGAAGGUGGUGACCUACUUGGCAGGAUGUGGCCUACAGAGCUGCCCCAUGCUUCUGGCCAAAGGAUAUCCUGACGUCGGUUGGAAUCCCAUUGAAGGGGAGCGCUACCUGUCCUUCCUGAGGUUUGCCGUCUUUGUGAACAGUGAGAGUGUGGAAGAAAACGCCAGUGUUGUGGUCAAGCUGCUCAUCAGACGCCCGGAGUGCUUCGGCCCGGCGCUGCGAGGCGAAGGAGGAAACGGCCUGUUGGCAGCCAUGCAGGGGGCCAUCAAGAUCUCGGAGAACCCAGCGCUGGACCUCCCUUCUCAGGGAUAUAAGAGAGCAGUCACAGAGGACCACGAAGAGGAAGAAGAGAUAGUGUACAUGGGCAAUGCGAUUAUGUCAUUUUAUUCAGCUCUUAUAGAUCUCCUGGGCCGCUGUGCUCCUGAAAUGCAUCUCAUCCAGACAGGAAAAGGGGAGGCCAUCCGGAUCCGGUCCAUCCUGCGCUCGCUGGUCCCCACUGAGGACCUGGUUGGGAUCAUCAGCAUCCCCCUGAAACUGCCUUCCCUCAACAAAGAUGGGUCAGUCAGCAAGCCCGAUAUGGCGGCCAACUUCUGCCCUGACCACAAGGCCCCCAUGGUGCUAUUUUUGGACCGCGUUUAUGGCAUUAAGGAUCAAACUUUUCUGCUUCAUUUGCUGGAGGUUGGAUUUUUACCUGACCUGAGAGCCUCUGCCUCUUUAGACACAGUGGCCCUCAGCACCACAGAGGCUGCGCUGGCACUCAACAGGUACAUAUGCUCUGCAGUGCUCCCGCUCCUCACAAGAUGUGCCCCCCUCUUUGCCAGCACAGAGCACUGCACCUCUCUGAUUGAUUCCACGCUGCAGACCAUAUACAGGCUUUCCAAGGGACGCUCCCUCACCAAAGCACAGAGGGAUACCAUAGAGGAAUGUUUGCUUGCCAUUUGCAAUCACCUGAGACCUUCCAUGUUACAGCAGCUCCUGCGACGUCUGGUUUUUGAUGUACCACAACUGAAUGAAUACUGCAAAAUGCCUCUGAAGCUCCUGACGAAUCACUAUGAGCAGUGCUGGAAGUAUUACUGUCUGCCUUCAGGAUGGGGGAGCUAUGGGCUGGCUGUGGAGGAGGAGUUGCACCUCACAGAGAAGCUCUUCUGGGGGAUUUUUGACUCCCUCUCCCAUAAGAAAUAUGACCCAGACCUGUUCCGAAUGGCCUUGCCUUGUCUCAGUGCUAUUGCUGGGGCCUUGCCACCGGAUUAUUUGGAUACCAGAAUCACAGCCACACUGGAGAAACAGGUUUCUGUGGAUUCAGAUGGCAACUUUGACCCCAAACCCAUCAACACAAUGAAUUUUUCUUUGCCUGAAAAAUUGGAAUAUAUUGUCACCAAGUAUGCUGAGCAUUCACAUGAUAAAUGGGCCUGUGACAAGAGUCAGAGUGGAUGGAAAUAUGGAAUUUCCCUGGAUGAAAAUGUGAAGACCCACCCACUAAUAAGGCCUUUCAAGACAUUAACAGAGAAGGAAAAAGAAAUUUAUCGUUGGCCUGCCAGAGAGUCUCUGAAAACCAUGCUGGCUGUGGGCUGGACUGUGGAGAGGACCAAAGAGGGAGAAGCUUUAAUUCAACAACGAGAAAAUGAGAAACUUCGCAAUGUGCCCCAGACCAGCCAGGGCAAUAGCUACAGCCCAGUGCCCCUUGACCUCUCAAACGUCGUGCUCUCCAGGGAGCUCCAGGGGAUGGUGGAGGUAGUGGCUGAGAACUAUCACAAUAUCUGGGCCAAAAAGAAGAAGCUGGAACUAGAGAGUAAAGGUGGUGGGAGUCACCCUCUUUUGGUGCCGUAUGAUACCUUGACUGCAAAGGAAAAGUUCCGGGACCGAGAAAAGGCACAGGACCUAUUCAAGUUCCUCCAAGUGAAUGGCAUUAUAGUUUCUAGAGGUAUGAAGGGUAUGGAUCUGGAUGCCUCCUCCAUGGAAAAGAGGUUUGCCUACAAAUUUUUGAAGAAGAUUCUGAAAUAUGUUGACUCUGCUCAAGAAUUUAUUGCUCACUUGGAAGCCAUUGUCAGCAGUGGAAAAACUGAAAAGUCUCCACAUGACCAAGAGAUCAAAUUCUUUGCCAAAGUUCUCCUCCCACUUGUUGACCAGUACUUCACCAACCACCGCCUCUACUUUCUGUCAUCUCCUCUGAAGCCUCUCAGUAGCAGCGGUUAUGCCUCCCAUAAAGAGAAAGAGAUGGUGGCCAGCCUGUUCUGCAAACUUGCUGCUCUUGUUAGACACAGGAUUUCCCUGUUCGGGAGUGAUUCUGCUACAAUGGUGAGCUGUCUUCACAUCUUAGCUCAGACCCUUGAUACAAGGACAGUCCUGAAGUCAGGCUCAGAGCUGGUGAAGGCUGGGUUGCGAGGAUUCUUCGAAAAUGCUGCAGAAGACUUAGAGAAGACUUCAGAAAACUUGAAGCUUGGGAAGUUUACCCACUCCAGAACACAGAUCAAAGGGGUUUCCCAGAAUAUCAAUUACACCACAGUGGCUCUGCUCCCCAUCCUGACAUCGAUCUUUGAGCAUGUCGCUCAGCAUCAGUUCGGGGUAGAUCUACUCUUGAGUGACGUGCAGAUUUCAUGCUACCACAUACUGUGCAGCCUUUACUCCCUUGGGACAGGAAAAAACAUCUAUGUUGAAAGACUUUUUGACAUUGUUGCCUUCACUAUCCCUUCCCAGAAUAUUUUUGAGAACUUUUUGGAGUACUGGUUUGGUGGUCAUGAAUUUCUUGAGGUGCCCUUUGUCAUAGAAAAGUCUAUUUCUCCAUCAAUUUCUCAAGCUUUCCAGACUUUGAAGAAUAAUGGGCUGAUCAAAAUAUGCUACUACCAACCAGUGUAUUUUCCUUCCAUGCCUGAUCAGAAUUAUCAACCACAGGGAAACAAGGUCCAGUUCCAUCAGUGUAAACCAUCUGCUUGUACCACAAAGAGGCGAUGGAUGCUCUGUGGUGUCUUCUUGAGAGAAAAGCUGCUAGUUCUAGGCAUGCCAGACACAGUGGAAGAGAUGUGCCCUGACAUCCCCCAGCUGGACGGCCUCAUGAAGGAAAUCAGUGAGCUGGCCGAGUCGGGAGCCCGGUAUGCAGAGAUGCCCCAUGUCAUUGAGGUGGUCCUGCCCAUGCUCUGCAACUACCUGUCCUACUGGUGGGAGCGGGGGCCAGAGAACCUGCCUCCCAGCCCAGGGCCCUGCUGCACCAAGGUCACCUCUGCACACCUCAGCCUCAUCCUGGGCGACAUCCUGAAGAUCAUCAACAACAACCUAGGCAUUGAUGAGGCCUCUUGGAUGAAGCGGAUUGCAGUGUUCGCCCAGCCGAUCAUCAGCAAAGCCAGGCCUGACCUGCUGCGAAGCCACUUCAUCCCUACUCUGGAGAAGUUGAAAAAGAAGGCGGUCAAGACCGUGCAGGAGGAAGAGCAGCUGAAAGCCGAUGGCAAAGGGGACACCCAGGAGGCAGAGCUGCUCAUCCUGGAUGAGUUUGCAGUCCUUUGCAGAGAUCUCUAUGCCUUCUACCCUAUGCUGAUCCGCUACGUGGACAACAACAGAGCUAACUGGCUCAAAAGCCCAGAUGAUGAUUCUGACCAGCUCUUCCGAAUGGUGGCAGAGGUUUUCAUCCUGUGGUGUAAAUCUCAUAAUUUCAAGAGAGAAGAGCAAAAUUUUGUGAUUCAAAAUGAAAUUAAUAAUUUGGCAUUUUUAACUGGAGACAGCAAAAGCAAGAUGUCAAAAUCUGGAGGACAGGACCAGGAACGGAAGAAGACAAAGCGGAGGGGAGACUUGUAUUCCAUCCAGACCUCCCUCAUUGUGGCUGCACUCAAGAAGAUGCUGCCCAUUGGUCUGAACAUGUGCACCCCAGGCGACCAGGAGCUGAUCUCGCUUGCAAAAUCACGAUACAGCUGUAGGGACACAGAUGAAGAGGUCAAGGAGCAUCUACGGAAUAACUUGCACUUGCAGGAGAAGUCUGAUGACCCAGCUGUGAAGUGGCAGCUGAACCUCUAUAAGGAUGUUCUGAGGCAUGAAGAACCUACUACUCCAGAAAAGACUGUGGAGCGAGUACAGAGAAUUUCAGCAGCUGUCUUCCACCUGGAGCAGGUGGAGCAGCCAUUGAGGUCCAAGAAGGCAGUCUGGCACAAACUCUUGUCAAAGCAACGGAAACGGGCAGUGGUGGCCUGCUUCAGGAUGGCUCCCCUCUACAACCUGCCCAGGCACCGCUCUAUUAACCUCUUCCUCCAUGGCUAUCAGAGAUUUUGGAUAGAAACAGAGGCGUAUUCCUUUGAAGAGAAACUAGUACAGGAUUUGGCUAAAUCUUCUAAGGUGGAAGAGGAGGAGGAGGAAAAUCUGGAAAACCAACCCGACCCACUUCAUCAGAUCAUUCUCCAUUUUAGUCGCAAUGCGCUCACAGAGAGGAGCAAAUUGGAAGACGACCCUUUAUAUACUUCCUACUCCAGCAUGAUGGCCAAGAGCUGUCAGAGUGGUGAGGAUGAAGAAGAGGAAGACAAGGAAAAGACAUUUGAAGAAAAAGAGAUGGAGAAGCAGAAAACACUGUAUCAGCAGGCUCGGCUGCAUGAGCGGGGUGCUGCAGAGAUGGUCCUACAGAUGAUAAGUGCCAGCAAAGGUGAGAUGAGCCCCAUGGUGGUGGAGACUCUGAAGCUGGGGAUCGCCAUUCUGAACGGAGGCAACACUGGGGUGCAACAGAAAAUGCUAGAUUAUUUAAAGGAGAAAAAAGAUGCUGGAUUCUUUCAAAGCCUUUCUGGUCUUAUGCAAUCUUGCAGUGUCCUUGACUUGAAUGCAUUUGAGAGGCAGAAUAAAGCUGAAGGCCUGGGGAUGGUCACUGAAGAAGGAACACUCAUCGUUCGUGAACGUGGUGAAAAAGUACUCCAGAAUGAUGAGUUCACACGAGAUCUCUUUAGAUUCCUACAGUUACUGUGUGAAGGACAUAACAGUGAUUUUCAGAACUUCCUCCGGACACAGAUGGGCAACACCACCACCGUGAAUAUCAUCAUCAGCACUGUGGACUACCUGCUACGUCUGCAGGAAUCAAUCAGUGAUUUCUACUGGUACUAUUCAGGAAAGGAUAUCAUUGAUGAAUCUGGACAGCACAAUUUUUCUAAAGCUCUAGCAGUCACCAAGCAGAUUUUCAAUUCUCUUACAGAAUAUAUCCAGGGCCCUUGCAUUGGGAAUCAGCAGAGCCUGGCUCACAGCAGGCUGUGGGACGCAGUGGUCGGCUUCCUCCAUGUAUUUGCUAACAUGCAGAUGAAACUCUCUCAGGAUUCCAGUCAGAUCGAGCUGCUGAAGGAACUCUUGGAUCUCCUUCAGGACAUGGUGGUGAUGCUUCUGUCCCUCCUGGAAGGGAAUGUGGUAAAUGGAACUAUUGGCAAGCAGAUGGUUGACACACUGGUAGAAUCAUCUACCAAUGUAGAAAUGAUCUUGAAAUUCUUUGACAUGUUCUUGAAACUUAAAGACUUAACCAGCUCAGACACCUUCAAAGAAUAUGACCCAGAUGGUAAAGGGAUCAUCUCCAAGAAAGAAUUUCAGAAGGCCAUGGAGGGGCAAAAGCAGUACAUACAGUCAGAGAUUGACUUUCUCCUAUCAUGUGCAGAGGCAGAUGAAAAUGAAAUUUUUAAUUACAUUGACUUUGUGGACCGGUUCCACGAGCCUGCCAAAGACAUAGGGUUUAAUGUGGCAGUGUUACUGACAAAUCUUUCUGAACACAUGCCUAAUGACUCUCGCCUAAAGUGUCUCUUGGACCCCGCAGAGAGUGUGCUGAAUUACUUUGAACCAUACCUGGGACGGAUUGAGAUCAUGGGUGGUGCCAAGAAAAUCGAGCGUGUUUAUUUUGAGAUCAGUGAAUCCAGUCGGACUCAGUGGGAGAAGCCUCAAGUGAAGGAGUCUAAGCGGCAGUUCAUUUUUGAUGUGGUCAAUGAAGGUGGGGAGCAAGAGAAGAUGGAGCUGUUUGUGAGCUUCUGUGAGGACACAAUCUUUGAGAUGCAGUUGGCAUCACAGAUCUCUGAGUCUGAUUCAGCUGACCGGCCAGAGGAGGAGGAAGAAGAAAAUGAUGCUUCCUAUGUGUUAGAAAUGGAGGGGGAGGAGCAGGAAGACAAGUCCUUCGAGCCUGCCUCUGCAUUUGCCAUGGCCUGUGCCUCGGCAAAGAGAAAUGUUUCCAACCUUCUAAAGAGGGCAACCCUGAAAAACCUCAGGAAGCAGUACCGGAAUGUGAAGAAGAUGAGUGCAAAAGAGCUGGUGAAGGUGUUCUUCUCUUUUUACUGGGUGUUUUUCGUGGGGCUAUUCCAGAUGUUCUUCACCAUAUUAGGAGGAAUAUUUCAGGUCCUCUGGAAUACUGUAUUUGGAGGGGGACUUGUAGAAGGGGCAAAAAACAUCAGAGUGACCAAGAUUCUGGGUGACAUGCCAGAUCCAACGCAGUUUGGGAUCCACGAUGAUGCCAUGGAGGCUGAAAGGGCAGAUGCGGUUGAGCCAGGUCUCACAGCUGAGCUAGUGCACUGUGUGAAGGGGGAGAAGGGAGACGCAGACAUCAUGUCAGACCUCUUUGGACUCCACUCAAAGAAAGAAGGUGGCUUAAAGCAUGGACCUGAGGUGGGUUUGGGUGACCUCUCUGAAAUUAUUGGCAAGGACGAGCCCCCUACAUUAGAGAGUACUGUGCAGAAGAAAAGGAAAGCACAGGCAGCAGAGAUGAAGGCAGCACAUGAAGUCGAAGGAAAAGUAGAAUCUGAGAAGGCAGACAUGGAAGACAGAGAAAAGGAAGACAAAGCCAAAGAGGAAGAGCAAGAAGAAUACCUGUGGACAGAAGUGACAAAGAAAAAGAAGCGACGGCAUGGUCAGAAGGUUGAGAAACCUGAGGCCUUCAUGGCCAAUUUCUUUAAAGGACUAGACAUCUAUCAGACCAAGUUACUGGUCACUGAAGAACCUCUAGAGGAAGAGACUGAGGAUAUUGCAAACUUGUGGAAUUCCUUUAAUGACGAGGAAGAGGAAGAAGCGAUGGUGUUCUUCGUCCUUCAGGAGAGCACUGGGUACAUGGCGCCUACACUGCGUGCCCUGGCUGUUGUCCACACCAUCGUUUCACUCGUCUGUGUUGUCGGCUACUACUGCCUGAAGGUCCCUUUGGUUGUAUUCAAAAGGGAGAAAGAAAUUGCCAGGAAACUGGAGUUUGAUGGCCUGUACAUCACCGAGCAGCCAACUGAGGACGACAUCAAGGGGCAGUGGGACCGCUUGGUGAUCAACACACCAUCCUUUCCUAAUAACUACUGGGACAAGUUUGUCAAGAGAAAGGUCAUCAACAAAUAUGGAGAUCUCUAUGGAGCCGAGCGCAUUGCUGAACUCCUGGGUCUGGAUAAAAAUGCCCUUGACUUCAGCCCAGUGGAAGAGACCACAGCAGAGGCAGCUUCUCUGGUGUCAUGGCUGAGUUCCAUCGACAUGAAAUACCAUAUCUGGAAGCUGGGGGUUGUUUUCACUGACAACUCCUUUCUCUACCUUGCCUGGUAUACGACCAUGUCAGUCCUGGGCCACUACAACAACUUCUUCUUUGCUGCUCACUUAUUGGAUAUUGCAAUGGGCUUCAAGACACUGAGGACUAUUCUUUCAUCUGUAACUCACAAUGGCAAACAGCUGGUUCUGACCGUGGGUCUCCUGGCGGUGGUGGUUUACCUCUAUACGGUGGUGGCUUUCAACUUCUUCCGUAAGUUCUACAACAAAAGUGAAGGUGAUGAUGAGCCUGACAUGAAGUGCGAUGACAUGAUGACGUGUUACCUUUUCCACAUGUAUGUGGGCGUGAGAGCAGGAGGUGGCAUUGGUGAUGAAAUUGAAGACCCUGCUGGUGAUCCCUACGAAAUGUACCGCAUUGUCUUUGACAUCACAUUUUUCUUCUUUGUCAUUGUCAUCUUGCUGGCCAUCAUUCAAGGUCUUAUUAUUGAUGCUUUUGGAGAGCUACGAGACCAGCAGGAACAAGUGCGAGAAGACAUGGAGACAAAAUGCUUCAUCUGUGGCAUUGGCAAUGACUACUUUGACACAACUCCACAUGGUUUUGAAACCCACACACUGCAAGAGCACAACUUAGCCAACUACUUGUUUUUUCUGAUGUACCUGAUUAACAAAGAUGAAACAGAGCACACGGGUCAGGAAUCUUAUGUGUGGAAGAUGUACCAAGAAAGGUGCUGGGAUUUCUUCCCAGCUGGUGACUGCUUUCGUAAGCAAUAUGAAGACCAGCUUGGAUAAAUCUGAACAGAUGUGCCACAACCCUGGACAGUCCACUUCCAGUGAAAGAAAACUCUCCUUUUACAAUUCUGCAACAUAUUUGAUAUGUGACAUUUUCUAAAUGUCUCCUCUACAGGAAAGUAUUUGUUAAAAAUUGUAUUUUGUGAUUUUUUUUUUUUUUGAAGUUGAUUUGGCUUUUUAUGCCUGAUGGAAAUAUACUGUGGGUGACAACCACAAGAUGGGAACAAAGCAAAAGGAGGGAGAUGGCGAGGAAUCUCUACUUGAAUGCCUUCAAAGUUUUUCAGCUCUAAUGUAACUAACCUGUUGCAAAGGUAGCACUGAUGAAAGGGCCAACAAGGAUUGAAUGCACAACACCUAAAAUUUUAAACAUGUGAAUGUCAUACAAGUUUUCACCAGUGGCUCACAGUCUGAACUACACAAAAUCAUGUUAACUACAGUCUAACUUCUCCCAUGGUACUUGCUAGUGAGUGUAGCCAGAAUCAGCUUGAAAAGCUUUAAGCAGUUAAUGAAAUAGAAAACAAACCAAUACUCUGUUGACACUGAAACACUGAUUAAGUGCCUUAAAAACCUCUUUAGAUACAGCUAUGCAAGUUUUUUAUGUUUGUGCUCCAGAAGGACAGUUCCAUUAAAUAGUUGUGUUCAGUCUUACUUUCUGAAACUGCACUUGAAGGUUAUUCAUACGUUUUUCAGUAACAGCUUGUCAACUGCUGUUAUUAGGAGAAAAGUACUGUACUGAAAAUUCAGAAAAAUCUCAAUCUUAUGCCAAAAUUGAGUAAUGCUUUAGGGUUCCUUGUAAGUAGUGGAGCUGCUAUGUUUUAGGUGAAUUUCUCAAAUAAAAUGAAGUGCCCACUGCAAUAAAAGUAAUACACACCAAUCCGUGGUUUGCUCUUUUAUAAUGUACCUC